AGCCACUAAGUUCACCAAUAGAGUUUCACAUGGCUUUACCUUCUCCAUCAUAUUCAUUGCUGAUUCACACACCACUUUUUUUCUUCUCUGUCAAUUUCUCCCAAGUCCUCCACCAUUUCCUCUGCUUUGUUUUCCCUUCUUCUUAGUGCGUGCUUCCAUUAUUAUUAAUAUAAUUACUUUUCUCACCAAAAAAGUAUAUAGUUAUAUUCAUAUUCAUGCAUUGCCGACUCUUCUUCAUCCACAACCCAUGAUCUAACAUUGCACAAAGCACACGCACUUGUCACUUCACUUCUAUAUAUUGCAGCAUAGAUUCAGUUUUCUUCGACAGCCACCACCAACAAUGGCUUCUACCUUGUCUUACAACUCUCUCAAUCCUUCAGCUGCAGCUUUCUCAAGAAAACACUGCUCACUUCCCCUGUAUAUUUCACCUUGUUUCGACCAUGGAAGCAGAGCAAUCAAGCAGAGGAAGAAACUGAAGCCGGUAAAAGCAACAAUACUGGCUGAGACACCACCUUCUACUUCAAAGUCAACUCAAACUGCGGAUCACAAUGGUGGGGAUCGAAGUCCUAAGAAGAAGAACCUUCGGAUACUUGUGGCUGGUGGAGGAAUUGGAGGCUUGGUUUUUGCUCUGGCUGCGAAAAGAAAAGGGUUUGAGGUGGUGGUGUUUGAGAAGGAUAUGAGUGCUAUAAGAGGGGAGGGGAAGUACAGGGGUCCAAUUCAGAUACAGAGCAAUGCUCUGGCUGCUUUGGAAGCUAUAGAUUUGAAGGUUGCUGAUGAAGUUAUGAGAGUUGGUUGCAUCACUGGUGAUAGAAUCAAUGGGCUUGUGGAUGGGGUUUCUGGAUCUUGGUACAUCAAGUUUGAUACAUUCACUCCGGCAGCAGAACGCGGUCUUCCAGUCACAAGAGUUGUUAGCAGGAUGGCUUUACAAGAAAUUCUUGCUUGUGCAGUUGGGGAAGAUGUCAUUUUGAAUGGCAGUAAUGUUGUUGAUUUCAUUGAUCAUGGGAAUAAGGUAACAGUGGAGCUGGAGAAUGGUCAGAAAUAUGAUGGAGAUCUCUUGGUUGGAGCAGAUGGGAUAUGGUCAAAGGUGAGGAAAAAGUUAUUCGGGGAAUCAGAAGCUAUUUACUCUGGCUAUACUUGUUAUACAGGUAUUGCAGAUUUCGUGCCGGCUGACAUUGAAUCCGUUGGGUACCGAGUAUUCUUGGGACACAAACAAUAUUUUGUAUCCUCAGAUGUUGGCGCUGGAAAGAUGCAAUGGUAUGCAUUUCACCAAGAACCUCCUGGUGGUGUUGAUAUCCCUAAUGGAAGAAAGGAAAGGGUGCUGAAGAUAUUCAAAGGGUGGUGUGACAAUGUGAUAGAGUUGAUAGUUGCGACGGAAGAAGAGGCAAUUUUGCGACGGGAUAUAUAUGACAGGACGCCGACAUUGACAUGGGGGAAGGGCCGUGUGACCUUGCUUGGUGACUCUGUACAUGCUAUGCAGCCUAAUUUGGGGCAAGGAGGAUGUAUGGCUAUUGAGGAUGGUUAUCAACUAGCAUUGGAGCUGGACAAUGCAUGGGAACAAAGUAUAAAAUCAAGCUCUCCAAUUGACAUUGAUUCUUCCUUAAAGAGCUAUGAGAGAGAAAGAAGAUUAAGAGUUGCCAUUAUUCAUGCAAUGGCUCGAAUGGCGGCUCUGAUGGCUUCCACCUAUAAGCCAUAUCUUGGUGUUGGUCUUGGGCCUUUAGAGUUUUUGACAAAGUUUAGGGUGCCACAUCCUGGAAGAGUUGGAGGAAGAUUUUUUAUUGACAAGAUGAUGCCUUUGAUGUUGAAUUGGGUCUUAGGUGGCAAUAGCUCCAAACUUGAAGGUAGACCAUUAUGCUGCAGGCUCUCUGACAAAGCAAACGACCAGUUACACACAUGGUUUGAAGAUGAUGAUGCACUUGAGCGUACUAUUACUGGAGAAUGGAUCUUAUUACCAUGUGGAGAUGAAGCAGGUCUUUCAAAACCUAUAUGUUUAAGACAUGAUGAAACGAAACCCUGCAUAAUCGGAACUGUGCAUCAAGAAGAUUAUCCAGGCAGUUCAAUCACAAUAACUUUGCCCCAGGUUUCUCAAAUGCAUGCUCAAAUUAACUAUAAGGAUGGAGCCUUCUUCUUGACUGAUUUGCAGAGUCAGCAUGGCACCUGGAUCACUGACAAUGAAGGAAGGCGUAACCGGGUACCUCCAAAUUGUCCUGCUCGUGUCCGUCCGUCUGAUCUGAUUGAGUUUGGUUCUAAUAAGGCUUCUUAUCGCGUUAAAGUGACAAGAUCUGCUGCUGCAAGAGUGUCUGAAAAGGGAGGGACACAAGUUUUACAACAAGUAUAACUAUACUUUAUUAGUCAAAACUUGUCUUGUAAGUUACAGAAAUAGUUGUACAGCACAAAAACUGGAAAUACAUAUAGCCAAAAUCUACAUUCUUCUAGUGCAGAUUAUUAUUAUAUGUACAACAAUGUCAAUCAUCUAGGAUCUGGUCAUGUUACACGGUAUUUUGAUAAUGGUUUGUAGAAUGAAAUUACAAACUCAAUAAUUCCAGAUUGAUCCAAUAAAAGAAAAUUGAAUCCA